UUCGUGCCCGGCGAUACCAAAUUCGCCCCCGUUUACCGACCAUCUGUCCUAGCCACAUCAUUUCUGCAAACUACCAACAACAUCUCGUGCCCAUUCAAAAGAGUUAUCGGGUCUCCCAAACAAUCUUUUACCAAGUUCCGAUCUGAUUAACACUCUCCAUUCCGCACAUGUCGGGCCGUGGUCCAAAGUUUAUUCAAGUAUCGCGUGCUAACACUAGUCCAGACAAUGCAGCAGUGGCAGGUCGGCCCUGUGCCGGAGUACAUGUACUCCAACACCCAAGCCCCUCAGCAUGCAAAUGACUUGCAUGCUUCUCAUCCCUAUCAACCAACCGACAUGCAGCGUCGUCCUGACUUUACCGGCUAUGCUCAACCGCCCAACCCUGCUGCACAACAUCAACCACAUGCCCAGCAUCAGCAGCACCAUCCGCAACAUCAGCCACAUCAGCAGCACCAGCAGCAUCAACAACAUCCGGCUCACCCUCAGCACCAGCAACUCCCCCACGUCCAGCAUGCUCCUCAUCCCCAGCAUGCCCAGCAUGCCCAGCACCCCCAGCACCAUCAGCCUCAACCACAACAGCACCACAGUACUCCGGUGCAAGCUCCAAUGACCAUCCCUCAAGCUGCAACUGCACCUCCACAACAACAACAGUCCACACCAACGCCUGCUCCAGCUCAGGGGCCCCGCGGACGCAAGAGGACCCAUCAGCAGGUUCAACAGCAUCAACAACAAGCUGUUCAGCAACAACACCCACAAGUACCACACCAGCCGCAGUCUCACGCAACACACCAGCAGCCUACGCCACAACAGCAUCAUCAACAACUACAUCAACAACAGCAUCAGCAGCAUCAGCAGCAGCAACAACAACAACAGCAGCAGCAGCAGCAGCAAGCUCAUCCGGUGCAGGUCCAGCAAGUCCACCAGCAACCACCACCCCAACAGCCACAGCAGCAUGCUCAAGUACCGACUGCUGCCCCAGCACCUCAAGCCCAGCAAACACCGGUCCCGGCGGCUGCACCUCUGCCUGUUGCUCCAGUGGCGACAACGCCCGCGCCACCUCCGGCACCUGUCGCUGCUCCACCACCACAGGCAGCACCUGCAGUACCGUCAGCCCCCGCACCAGCCCAGGAAGCCGGUGCGACUCCUGCGCCGCCUCCUGCAAAGAAGAGCCGUACAAACACCCCAUGGACACCCGCUGAGGAACAGCGACUCAAGCAGAUGAGAGAUGCAGGGAAUAGCUGGGCUGAAAUUGCGAAAACCUUCCCAACAAGAACAGAAGGAAGUGUCAAGAAACACUGGUAUAAGGACAUGCACUACGCUGAAUUCGCUGAAGAUGAGAGCCAGGCUCUCCUGACUGCCAUCAAGGAAUAUGAAAAUAACAAGUGGAAGACUAUUGGACAAAAAGUCGGCAAGCCUGCAAAGGCCUGUGAGCAGUAUGCCAAGGAGCACUUCCCUGACCUUUUUCCUAAUUCCAAAGGUCGCUGAGAGCGUUAAGAUAUGACCAUGAUCAGCUAGUACCUGCCGCGGGUUUCGCUUAGGGUUCAUUUAGUGCUCCUGGUGUUGACGAGUACAUCACUGCGGGACGAGUUUCAUAUCGAACUUCUUUGGGAAAGUAGGGGGCGCAGUAAGAUUUUGUUUCGAUGCAUACUUUUCAUACCCCUAAUCGCGUUCUUUUUGAGAUGUGUAGAAAAGUAGUUUAAACAGGGAAAUUUGGUAUCUUUUGGAACUUAACCGGCGCCAUGCGCAUUGGCUUGGCUAGGCUAUGAAUGGAAGGCUCGUCCAAUCAUUGU